GGUGUUUGCAUCGCUUAUCACCUGGCUAAUAUGGUGCCUCGGUGACUCACUUGAUAGCCCACACUCUGCACCAUACUGAUAAGCUGGAAAAGGAAAAAGGACGCCCAACCCCCAGAAAAUACGUAGGAAUAAGCGAGAACGCACCAAUUUUCCAGUUGCGUUUCCCUUCGCCGAGCCGGCAAACGCUUCCAGCCGGCUUUUGUUUUUUUCACUCAGUAUUGGUCGCGCCAUCGAGGCAGACUGUGUACUCUGCUCAGCGAAAAACGCUAAAUACGCUAAAACAGAUGCGAAUUAUGUACAUUUAAACAGUGUUUAACGUCUAAAUACGAUCUAAGAACGUUCGGAAAUCGUUGUCACUUGGGUUUUCCGUUCCGUUUUACGUUUGUUUUCCGUUUUUAGUUUUGUUUUUAGCCGCGAAAACGCCGGCUGUCAAAUUCUGUGUACGCAAUAACGUUCAGUGUACGUGUUGUGACGAUCUGGACCUACUAAAGGCCAGUUUGUAUUAAUUGUGUUUUGGUUUUGUUAUUUACCGGGAGUUGUGGUUGAGCACGUGUCUUAUCGAUCGCCGGCUUCAGAGACAAUGGAUGAAGAAUUACUUAUAAACCUGGUGAGGGAGCACGGAGAGCUGUAUGACUCGGAACACAAGCAGUAUGAAGACCAACAUAAGAGGGAGGCUGCUUGGCAGGAUAUUGCUAAGAGAACAAAUCAAACAGCUCAAGAGUGCAGAGACAGAUGGAAACGGCUACGAGACAACUACAGAAAAGCCCGAAAACUACGUCAAACAAAAAAGGCACAAGGUUUCAAAAAAAUAAAACCAAUAAAGCACGAAAAAAUAUUCGCCUUUAUUGACUCUAUAAUAGAUAACAGAGAAAGAACGGAUCCUACAGAGCCAGACGAUGACACUGAUAGUGCUUCAUCAACGAAUGUAGAAAAAUUUGUAGACGUCACAGAAAAUGCAGUACCAGAGUUCGAGAGAAAUAACGAAGAGACUACUGAAAACAAUACAUUGGUCAAAUUCUUUGCAAAUUUAGGUGAAACCGUUAACACUUUUCCACCAGAAGUGCAGAUCAGAGUAAAAAGAGACAUUUUUAGAAUUAUAAACGAGGCUGAAGAAGAAGUGCUUACAAAUAGGUUAAGUAUAAGAGGAGUGAGAAGAGUCAACUUGCAAGAUGUGAACGUGAAGUAUGAAACGUCGGAUUUUGAUUCAAAUUUUUAAGAUUUUCAGAUUUAGUUAAUUAUACAUUAGCAUA